GGUGUCCCUGUCCGGCCUCGGCGGGGUCGCGUGUGCGGGAUGGCGGCGGUGGGCGACGGUGGCGGGCGGGAGGCGGCCUGCGGGCACGACAGCUACCGCUCGCCGCUUGCCUCCCGUUAUGCCAGCCCGGAGAUGUGCUUCGUGUUUAGCGACAGGUACAAAUUCCGGACCUGGCGGCAGCUCUGGCUGUGGCUGGCGGAAGCCGAGCAGACAUUGGGUUUGCCUAUCACAGAUGAACAAAUUCAGGAGAUGAAAUCAAACCUGGACAACAUCGACUUCAAGAUGGCAGCUGAGGAAGAGAAGCAGUUACGACAUGAUGUGAUGGCUCAUGUACACACGUUUGCCCACUGCUGCCCCAAAGCUGCUGGCAUUAUUCAUCUUGGUGCCACCUCCUGCUAUGUUGGAGACAAUACAGACUUGAUUAUUCUUAGAAAUGCAUUUGACCUGCUUUUGCCAAAGCUUGCCAGAGUGAUCUCUCGGCUUGCCGACUUUGCCAAGGAACGAGCUGAUCUUCCCACCUUAGGUUUCACACAUUUCCAGCCUGCUCAGCUGACCACAGUUGGGAAACGUUGCUGUCUUUGGAUUCAAGAUCUUUGCAUGGAUCUCCAGAACUUGAAGCGUGUCCAAGAUGACCUACGCUUCCGAGGAGUGAAGGGCACCACUGGCACCCAGGCCAGCUUCCUGCAGCUCUUCGAGGGAGAUGACCAAAAGGUAGAGCAGCUUGACAAGAUGGUGACAGAAAAGGCAGGAUUUAAGAGGGCUUUCAUCAUCACAGGGCAGACCUAUACACGAAAAAUAGAUAUUGAGGUGCUGUCCGCGCUGGCCGGCUUGGGGGCAUCGGUGCACAAGAUUUGUACUGACAUACGACUCCUGGCAAGCCUCAAGGAGCUGGAGGAACCCUUUGAAAAACAGCAGAUUGGCUCAAGUGCAAUGCCGUACAAGCGGAACCCUAUGCGCUCAGAGCGGUGCUGCAGCCUGGCCCGUCACCUAAUGACCCUUGUCAUGGACCCGCUGCAGACAGCAUCUGUGCAGUGGUUUGAACGCACACUGGAUGAUAGUGCCAACCGACGAAUGUGUUUGGCCGAGGCGUUUCUCACUGCAGAUACGAUACUGAAUACGCUGCAGAACAUUUCUGAAGGCUUGGUGGUGUACCCCAGAGUAAUUGAGCGGCGCAUUCGGCAAGAGCUGCCUUUCAUGGCCACAGAGAACAUCAUUAUGGCCAUGGUGAAAGCUGGGGGUAACCGCCAGGAUUGCCAUGAGAAAAUCAGAGUGCUCUCCCAUCAGGCAGCUGCUGUGGUCAAGCAGGAAGGGGGUGAAAAUGACCUCAUAGAGCGUAUCCAGGCUGAUGCCUACUUCAGUCCCAUUCACUCCCAGUUGGACCAUUUACUGGAUCCUUCUUCUUUCACUGGUCGUGCAUCCCAGCAGGUACGGAGAUUCUUAGAAGAGGAGGUACAUCCCCUGUUAAGACCAUAUGAAAGUGUAAUGAAGGUGAAGGCAGAAUUGUGUCUGUAGAGUUAGAAGAGAAUUAAACAAAAAACCAUUGUUGGCUUUGUUAACUUUUUUUGCCGAGUCAUAAAAACUGUUACUCUAGUGCCUUAUUUUAUCUCAAGAAUUGUUACCGUAGGGACUUCCCUGGUGGUCCAGUGGUAAAGAAUCCACCUUACACUGCAGGGGACGCGGGUUCAACCCCUGGUCAGGGAACUAAGAUCCCACAUGCUGCGGGGGCAUCUAAGCCCUCGAGCUCGCGCGCCUCAACUAGAGCCCAAGUGCCGCAAACUACAGAGCCCAUGCACCCUGGAGCCUGUGUGUCACAACUAGAGAAGAGAAAACCCGCACGCCACAACUAGAGGGAAGCCCAUGAGCCACAACGAAAGAUCCUAUAUGCCUCGAUGAGGAUCCCGUGUGCUGCAACUUAGACCCGACACAGCCAAAAAUAAAUGAAAUAAAUAAACUUUAAAAAAAAAAAAAAGAAGAGUUGUUACCGUAAAUUAAUACAGCACUUUUCUUUCCAUGGUGCUUUCA